AUGAGCAACCCUUACCAGAAAAGCAACACCAACAACAACCCGAACUCGUACGAGAUGGGUAACUACAACAAGUACUCGUCUGGCUCCAACGAAGAUGACUUUGUCUCGUUCAUGAACGAGGUACAAGACAUAAAUAACUCGUUGGACCAGUACUCAAACUUGAUCAACUUGAUCUCCAACAAGCAGAGAAACUUCAUCCAGGAGUUGGACUUGAACGAGGAUGACACUGAAUACAGCUCCAAGCAGAUUGAUACCCUUGUUGCUGAGGCACAGUCGUUACAGUUGGACUUGAAGAAGAGAAUCAAAAACAUCCAGACCCAAGCUGCGCACGCCAGAGACCAGACCAAGAUCGACCAGGCUGAGAACUCGAGAAAGAGAUUCUUGGACUUGAUCCAGGAAUACCGUUUGGUGGAAGUCAACAACAGAGAACAGACCAAGGCUCAGGCCGAGAGACAAUAUAAGAUCAUAAAACCAGAUGCCAGCGAUGCUGAAAUCAAGGCUGUGGUUGAAGACGGGUCAGACACACAACAGUACUUCCAACAAGCUCUUUUGCAGUCUAACAGAAGAGGCGAGGCUAGAACCGUUUUGAACGAAGUCCAAGUCAGACACCGUGAAUUGUUAAAGUUGGAAAAGACCAUGGCCGAAUUGACUCAGUUGUUCCACGACAUGGAAGAAUUGGUCAUUGAACAAGACCAACCUAUCCAACAGAUCGAUGAACAAGUCGCCAAUGCCCAGCACGAUAUCGAACAGGGUGUUGGUCACACCAACAAGGCUGUAGCCUCUGCCAGAGCUGCCAGAAAGAAGAAGUUGUGGUGUCUUGCCAUCUGUGUUCUUAUUGUAAUUAUUCUUGCUGCUGUUUUGGGUGGAUACUUCGGUUCCCGUUAG